AUGGCGAAUGCCACGAAUCACGUCGACGCCGUGAGCGACCAGGCUGCACUCUCCGUGCGCCUCCUCGCCAGGCUCCGCAAAAACAAGAACCUGGCCUUCUCGCCGCUCUCAUUCCACGCCAUGCUCUCCCUUCUCGCCGCCGGCGCCUCAGCCGCUGCGCGCGACCAAAUCGUUUCCUUCCUGGGCCCGGCGGGCGCCGAGGCACACGCUGCGCUCGCCUCCAAGGUGGCCUCCAGAGUCCUCGCCGCGGCCGAGACCCGCUACGCCACGAGCGUCUGGGUGGAGGCAUCGCUCCACCUCAGUCCAACCUUCGCCGCCGCAGCCGCCGCCACGUACAAGGCCGAGGUGAGGCCAGCUGCCUUCAAGGACAGGCCCAAGAAAGCGGCCGCCGAGAUCAACCAGUGGGUCGCGCGCAACACCGGCGGCCUCGUCAAGGACAUCCUGUCCAAGGCCAAGCCGCUGGAUUCCUCCACGCGGCUCGUCCUCGCCAACACGGUACGGUUCCGCGGCAACUGGCAGGACGCCUUCUCCCCGGACCUCACCGCCGAGGGCACGUUCUACAUCGACGCCGAUCCAGGCCACGCCGUCCGCGUGCCCUUCAUGACGGGGAGCCGCGAUCACGAGCUGCUGCGGAUCGGCGUCCACCCAGGCUUCAAGGUCCUGUGCAUGCCCUACCGCCGACGCUCAUCCUCCUCGUUCGCCAUGUACAUCUUCCUCCCGGACGCCCGCGACGGCCUGCGGGGCCUCGUGCGCGCGCUCGGCGCCAACCCGGCCAAGCUCCUGCACCGUUCGGUGGUGCCGGUGGAGGGGUUCACCGUGGGCAAGCUCAAGAUCCCAAAGUUCGAGGUCUCCGUUAGGAUGGAGGCCAGGCCGAUCCUUGAGGGCCUCGGGUUGGACCUGCCGUUCCUCAGCUCCGCCGAGCCCUUCUCCGAGAUGCUGGGUCCGCCGGCACCACCUGUCGCCCUAGCGUCCAUGGUCCACCAGUGCUUCCUCAGCGUCGACGAGAAAGGGACGGUGGCGGCUGCCGCCACCGUGGCAGAUGAUGAGGGGUGUGACUGGUCUGAUGAUCCUCGUGUCAACUUCGUCGCCGACCAUCCCUUCCUCUUCUUUCUCAUGGAGGAGUUCACUGGCGUUGUGCUCUUCGCAGGCCAAGUUGUCAACCCUUUACUCCAUUUGAUCACUCCAUUUAUCCUCCUUCAAAGCCUACUACUAUAUCUUACCAGGCGUCAUGUGGAAAUUAAUCAAUAUCACCAUGUUCUCGUCGUCGGCAAAAACUGUGCAAGUGAAACAGUAAUCCAUAUUAGAAACCGAAAAAUACGAGUCUGCUGUCCUGAGGUGCCUCCUACUACGGGAAAACAACACGUUGCCGUGUGA